CUCCGCUUUCCUCGGCCAAUGGGAAGACGAACAGCUUCACGUUGAGUGUGGCUGGAGGAUUGGCAGGCGAGGCCCCGCCUCGGCGCCUCGGUCCCUGGUGAAGUGUGCGGGAGGGGGCGCCUCCGAGGCGACGAGAGCUACGCCGUUCCCUAUGGCCAUGGCUACACCGUCGGUCACUCUCGGCAUCGACCUGGGCACCACAUCUGUGAAGGCGGCGGUGGUGGAGGCGGCGCCCGGCCACCCAUCGGGGUUCGUGGUACUGGCCAGCUGUGUCCGGGCUACGCGGGCCGAGGCGGCGGCCCAGAGCGCGGCGACUGCGCCCCAGGCGCAGGAACAGGAUGUGAGUAGAAUCAUCCAAGCCCUAAACGAAUGCCUUGCUGCCCUUCCCCAGCAGGCGCUCCGGAAAGUCUGUGGCAUCGGAGUGUCAGGACAGAUGCAUGGAGUCAUGUUUUGGAAAACAGGCCAAGGCUGUGAAUGGACAGAGCGAGGGGCCGCCCAUGUAUUCCAGCCCGGAGCUGUGAGCCAACUGGUCACAUGGCAGGAUGGCCGGUGUAGCAGUGAGUUCCUGGCUUCUCUGCCCCAGCCAGAGUCCCAUCUCAGUGUGGCCACCGGAUUUGGCUGUGCAACCAUCUUCUGGCUUUUGAAAAACAGCCCAGAGUUCCUGAAGUCGUACGAUGCAGCUGGCACCAUCCACGAUUACGUGGUUGCCAUGCUGUGUGGCUUGCCCAGACCCCUGAUGUCUGACCAGAAUGCGGCUAGCUGGGGAUAUUUCAACACCCGGAGCCAAACCUGGAACGUGGAGAUAUUGAGGGCCUCGGGCUUUCCUGUCCACCUGCUCCCGGAUGUUGCCCAGCCUGCCAGUGUGGCAGGCAGGACUUCCCAGGCGUGGUUUGAAAUCCCACAGGGGACACAGGUGGGCGUGGCCUUGGGUGAUUUACAGGCCUCUGUCUAUUCCUGUAUGGCCCAAAGGACAGAUGCAGUUCUCAACAUGAGCACUUCGGUUCAGCUGGUGGCCGCCAUGCCUUCAGGAUUCCAGCCGGCACAGACUCCAGACCCUGCGGCCCCAGUUGCCUACUUCCCAUACUUUGACAGGACCUACCUGGCAGUGGCAGCGUCACUCAAUGGGGGCAAUGUGCUCGCCACGUUCGUUCACAUGCUGAUCCAGUGGAUGGCGGAUCUAGGCCUGGAGAUUGAAGAGUCCACUGUGUACUCACGCAUGAUCCAGGCGGCUGCACAGCAGAGAGACACCUGCCUAACCAUCACUCCAACAGUGCUGGGCGAGAGGCACCUGCCAGAUCAGCUGGCCUCAGUGACCAGAAUCUCCUCCUCUGACCUCUCCCUGGGGCAUGUGACCCGGGCCCUGUGCCGCGGCAUCGUUCAGAACCUGCAUUCCAUGCUUCCGUUUCAGCAGCUCAAAGAGUGGGGCGUGGAGCGCAUGGUCGGCAGUGGGAGCGCGCUGUCCAGGAACGAGGUGCUGAAGCAGGAAGUGCAGAGGGCUUUCCCUUUCCCAGUGUCCUUUGGGCAGGAUGUGGACGCAGCUGUGGGGGCAGCGCUGGUCAUGUUCCAGAGAAACCUCAACCCGAAGGAGCCUUAGUCAGCACACUCUAUGGCCAAAGUACUGUUGCAGAUUUUAUCUGAUUAACAUUCCUGACGUGAUCUUGGGGUCAUCCUUUUUCUGGACAGCUCGGCGGGCAGUUUUUAAACAAUGCUUCUUCUCAGGCACCAUCUUGACCAAGAACCUUCCCUCAGGGCACAUGGUAAUAAUAUAGCCAGGAGUCAUCAACCAGAUCCCAAAUCAGUGCCUUCUGAAAGAGACUCUCCUGGGAGCUGGUUGCAAAGGUAAACGUGGAAACAAGAAAGAGAGAAAAGGAACAGUAGCCCGGCAUCCUGGUCAGCAGGCUCACCUGUGAUUCACCUGCAGACAAAGAGAAAAUAAAUGUGGACUUCAGGCACCAAAAAAUCUGGUGGCUCCAAGUAAGAAGAGUGGGCUCCAUGUAAGAAAAGAAGACGCUUCCCACCCCACACCCCACCUCCAGCUUUUGGAUUGAUUGUUUUUAGGGACGUGAAGCCCAGACUUGCGUCAUAUGUGCUGUUGGAAAAUUCCUUCCCUAGUGGAUUGUACCACACGAGCCCUUCCUGAUCUCAUUCUCCCCUGGACACAGCUGGUUAGCUGGGGUGGGGGAAGCCCAAGGACAGUGAGGCAGGCUGGCUGAGAUGAAGAUACAGCAGUCUGUACUGGCCUUCUCGCCACGUACUUCCCCUCAAGGACAGCCUGUGCCCCAGAUCCUCACAACACAACUGGCUUGAAGACAUGGAACAGGGAAGGAAAGGUGGAUGGCAUGACCAGCAAGGGGGAUGGAUGCGGCAUGGCCACCACCACUCGGGCACGUUGUUCCCAAGAGUCUAACCAGGCACGAGCAGGACCCUUUUCCAGGAUUGGGUCUAUGCAACAGUGGGUUUUGCCCUUGCACAACCCUGGAAUCUUGCCAAGCUGAGGGAUGCAUCCAGACAUUCUCCUGCUAGAGGGGGUGGUCAGUUUAAUGAGAGAGGACCUAGCUCUUCUUUCUUUUGGUGUGGCCUUGCUGGCCCACCAUGUGUUUCUGUCGUGCAGGACAUCCCACGGAGGCAGCAUGCCUGCAGGAACCCCUGCAGGGAUCGCUCCGUGGUCAGGAGGAUGACUGCUAUGGCUUCCAGGACAGGGCCACCAUUGCUGCAUCUACUUCCAGACUCCCAAGGGCGAUCCCAGCCUCAGGCAGACUCUGAGGCACCCAGGCAACUUUGUGUUUGAGAAAUAGUCAUGUCGUCUCUUUGUAAGCGUCACUUUAUGAAUUCCAUGAUUGUCUGAAACUCUUAGAUGAAUCUGUCUGACAGUGCCGAUUGAAUUUCGUAUUCUAAAGCUCAUUCUUUCAGAACCUUUUCCCUUUAAUAAAAGACACCUGUCUGGUUUGGGAAGACUGUGAGUUACAUCAGAGCCGUAGAGCUGGGUGCGGGAGGUUGGACCUGAUAGCCCUGAGGAAUCAUUUGUAGGUUCUCCUGUAGAAAGAACCUGUUUGCACCAGAGUGGCUGCAGAUCACUCAGGAAAGCCGUGUAAUUUUUCUCUCAGCCAGAAUGAGUUAAGACGCCAUCCUUUUUGAGACCCUGAAGAAGGCUUCUGAGAGAGAAGGCACCAAGGGAAAGGUCAAAGGAUAACAGCCGUGUCCGUCAGGAGGAACUGGCCCUCUGACUUGCAUUUUCAGGGUGUGUGGAUGGAAUCUGUAAUUAUAAAAUUAGGAACUAGAUGGGUGUCCGACAAGCCCAGGCAGCCCAGCCCAGUGCUCAGCGCGCAGCCCCUUUUCCUGAGUCCACUCUACCUCUGAGGACUAAGCCUUGCACGUUCUGAGCUUGUCAGCUAACAGUGCUGCUGCCGUUUCUAUUGCAUGUGGCCUGGAGCCUCUGCAGAGGAGUUGAGAACAGCUGCCAGGGCCUCGUUUUUCCAGCCUGAAGUCAGAAACCACUACUGCUUCUGCUUUCAUUCCCGGGAGAUACCAGGGAGUGUUUGAGACCAGCAUGGUCCUCAGGUGAGGAGCUGGGCUUUUACAAGUAUGGCUGCUGGCAACGUCCUGAUCUUGGAAGCAAAUGGUAGCCUCGCACCUGAUUUCCCACCUGAUUUGCUUCGGCCAGUAAAAUGUGAACUUUAGAAGUGUGUCACUUUACUAACAAUUGUCACCCCAAUAAACUUCAAUUGAAAAA